AUGGUUGGGCAGUGGCAACACAUCAAGGUGAUGGAAUUGCUGGAUUGCUGCAGCGAUGUAGGACGGCUGGAAAGGCUGGAGGAAGGUGUUGGGAUGGAUGAGCAAUGCUAUUCAACAAGGCGAGGCUGCGACAAUGAGGCAGAAGGUGAUGGCUUGGGUGAGGGUUACGGCAUGCUUGGUCAGGCAGGAAGUGGGAGGUUGCGCGUGUCAGUUGCCCAAAGUAAACUAUCUACUAAAGCUGCUAAAAAGUAUGUUAACUAUAUCAUGUUUGUUGUUCUUUCAGAAACAUUUAUAAUUUUUCUGGCUAUCAAAAGGUUCAAGGAGAAAAGUUACGGAAGUAGUGGUGCUACUUCCGGAUUGACUUCAAGUCUGGCAUUCACACCUGUACAAGUUUCUGAUUUUCUUCUUUGGCAUGGAUUUAUGGGUUCCAACAUGCCUGCCCGAACUGUAGAUGUCUUCUAUUCCCAGCUUGGAGAUGAUUUCAUCAAUAUUGAUGCAUUGUAUAAAAUGAGCAAAUUAUCUAAUUUUCAGAUAAACAAUGUUGGGACAAAUAUAAGGAAACCUACAGUUGAUUAUUCUGAAGAGGAAUACUCCUUAAUUAUGAACACCAACUUCGAUGCUGCAUUCCAUACUUGCCAACUUGCUCAUCCUCUUCUCAAAUCAUCAAGAAUGGGGAGCGUUGUAUUCAUUUCCUCUGUUGCUGGUGUGGUAGCUAUAUCUAGUGGUACAAUUUAUGCCGCUACAAAAGCUGCACUUAAUCAAAUUACAAAGAAUCUAGCAUGUGAGUGGGCAAAAGAUAACAUUCGUGUCAAUUCUGUUUCACCAUGGUAUAUCAAGACUUCGCUUGUGAAACAUUUGUUGGAGAAGGAAAAUUUUCUUGAUAGUGUGGUGUCUCGAACACCACUAAACCGUGUUGGUGAGCCCGAGGAAGUGUCAUCCCUGGUGGCGUUUCUUUGUUUGCCUUCUGCUUCAUAUAUAACUGGGCAAAUCAUUUCAGUCGAUGGUGGCAUGACAAUAAAUGGAUUUUACCCAUACCCUAAGUAAGGACUGAAUCAUGAGAUUUUUUUUUACUGAAUGACAUGCCUCUACAAUGUUCUUGUUAAACGUUUUUUUUUCCCUCGAGUCAGAAUCUUGAUAAUAUCUUGAACGAAGGAAGACAUUUUUAUUUCCUUACCAAAUAACAUUUCACUAGUUUGGCCA